AUGGGGAAGUCCACGUCCAAGUUCAUAGGCGUUUUACACAACCCAUCCGGCUGCUCCAGGUUCACUCGUCCUCCGUUCAGUCUGCUGGGCUCGUCCUCUGGACCUCUCCUCUGCGGGCUUCCCCCACGGUGUCCUCCCAGUUCUCCCUUGCAUCCUCCCUUCCUCGGCCCCAGUGUUCCCUGGUUCCCGUCCCAUUGCUCUCUCGUGGUACUUGCUGUUGAAAGGUGUGUGGUGGUGUGUAAGUCCAUCAGCAACUUACAGUUUGGGGGAAACCACAGUGUUGCAGGGGACCUCUUCAUCUCAAUUAUGGCAUCCACUUGCUCUGUGCCACCUCUCAUUGGUUGGUCCCAUUACAUUCUUGAAUGCAUGCAGUGAUCAUGCUGUGCUGACUAUUACACCACAAAGCCCAUCAACAACAAGUUCUUUGUGAACUACAUGUUUCUUGUCUGUUUCACCAUCCCCUUGACCAUUACAUCCUUCUGUUCUCUACUCUGCACAGUCUAAGAGGGAGCAACCGGCCAACAGGAAUCCAACACCCCCCAGAGGGCCAAGCGUGUAGUCACACACAUGGAGGUUAUCAUGGUUGUGGACUUCCUUGUUCACUGGGUGCCAUAUGCCAAUGUUGCAAGGUACCAGCUGUUUCUGACACUGCUUUGCCUCUCUGCGAAGAGCUCAGCUCGCUACAAUCCUCGGAUCUACACCUGCGUGAAGUAGUUUCGCCACUGUGUGACGACCUCGCUGUGAUACUCAAUACGGAUAUAA